CGUUGUUCCAUACACGACCUCUUCAUUCAUCAUGAGCGAAUCAGCCACCACUGUCCCAGCCGCCGCGGCUACUGCUGCCCCUAAGAAGGCCGCGGUCAAGAAAGCCGCUGGAGUCAAAAAAGCUGUAGCGAAGUCUGAACAUCCCCCAACAUCUCUCAUGGUCACCCAAGCCAUCCGCAGUUUGAAGGACAAGAAAGGAUCCAGUCUCCAAGCCAUCAAAAAGUACAUCGCUGCCAACUACAAAGUCGAUGUCGAGAAGCAGUCUACAUUCAUCAGGAAAUACCUCAAGUCUGCUGUGGAGAAGAAGGUCCUCGUCCAGACCAAGGGAUCAGGAGCUGCUGGAUCUUUCAAGCUUGCGGACCUUGCUAAGGUUGAGAAGAAGGUGGUAAAAAAGCCAGCUGCAGCUAAAAAACCAGUCGCUAAAAAACCAGCAGCUGCCAAAAAAGCUGUCGCUAAAAAGCCAGCCGCCAAGAAACCAGCUGGAGAGAAGAAAGCCACCGCUGCUAAGAAGCCCAAGACUCCCAAACCCAAGAAGGCUACUGCCUCGCCUAAAAAAUCCAAGGCCGUCAAACCUAAAGUAGCUAAACCCAAAAAGUCCCCGGCUGCCAAAAAGCCUAAGGCUGCUGCCAAACCCGCCAAAAAGUAAACUAUUACUUUACACAAUUUAACAGCCCUUUUCAGGGCUACCAAAUAUCUUGACGUAGUACAAUCGAAUCAUUAUUUACAAAACAUAACUUGACAUAAUAAUACUACAUACCAAUAUUUUCCAACCAAUUUCCUUAUGUAAAAUAAUAAAUACAACCGCGAACUGAUUUCACAUCAUAAUAAAUGAAAAUUACUAAAACUCCCAUUUUAAGGUGCCCGUUCAGCCUACAAUGAUAGCUGCCUUGGAACUAUUACAGGAUAAAGCAACAUUUCGUAGGGCGAAGAUUGAAGUACCCGAAGACGAGUUUCGUAAUGUUGAUUGAAUUGGUAUCGAAACGCAUUCACGCUAACAUCUCCACGUAUGAUCGUCUGUCGCUGCUGGUUGUUGGAGCUUUUAAUUUGCAAGUGAACAAUGAUAAUAAAUAACUAGUACUUAUGAAAAACAACUAUCAGAAAAAUUGGAUUUUUUUCAGAUAUAAACGCAUGCGAUGAACGACACGCGUGUUUUUUUCAUAAAAUUUUCAAUUUUGUCUUUAACA